UGUUUCCAGUGUUUUAACGGUCACGAGAAAGAACUACGAGGAUGGAUCCGCUGGUUGCUGCGAUUGACCAGGGCACGAGCUCGACGAGGUUUCUGGUGUUCAAUGCAAAAACAGCUGAAGUGAUGAGUCUCCACCAAGUUGAGAUCAACCAGAGUUUCCCCAAGGAGGGCUGGGUGGAGGAGGACCCCAAAGAGAUAAUGCAGUCUGUCUAUGAGUGCAUGGAGAGGACUUGUGAGAAACUCAGCCAGCUCAACAUCGACAUCUCCAACAUAAAAGCGGUGGGGGUGACCAAUCAGAGAGAGACGACCCUGGUUUGGGACAAAGAGACCGGAGAGCCACUCUACAACGCCAUUGUUUGGCUGGACCUGCGCACACAGUCUACAGUGGAGAGUCUCAUUAACAAAGCUCCGGGCAAAAACAAGAACCACCUCAAGCACAAGACGGGCCUUCCCAUCAGCACCUACUUCAGUGCAGUGAAGCUACGCUGGCUGCUGGACAACGUGGACGAAGUGAGACAGGCGGUGCUGAGUGAGCGCGCCAUGUUUGGCACGGUGGACUCCUGGAUCAUCUGGUGUCUGACGGGGGGCAAGAAUGGAGGGGUCCACUGCACAGACGUCUCAAAUGCCAGUCGCACCAUGCUCUUCAACAUUCACAGCCUGGACUGGGACCCUGAACUCUGCAGGUACUUUGACGUCCCGAUGAAAAUCCUCCCCAAAGUCAGAAGCUCCUCUGAAAUCUACGGCUGGAUGAAAUCCAGCUCUCUUGCAGGAGUUCCAAUCUCUGGGUGUCUUGGCGACCAGUCGGCGGCCCUGGUUGGUCAGAUGUGCUUCCAGGAAGGCCAGGCCAAAAACACAUACGGGACCGGGUGCUUCCUGCUCAGAAAUACAGGCACCAAGCCUUUGAUGUCAGACCACGGCCUGCUGACCACAGUUGCCUACAAACUGGGAAAAGACGAGCCAGCCUGCUAUGCUCUCGAGGGUUCCGUGGCCAUCGCAGGGGCAGUGGUGCGGUGGCUGAAGGACAACUUGGGCAUUGUGAAGUCUUCCUCAGAGAUCGAGAAGCUAGCUGCUGCAGUAGGCACGUCUUACGGCUGUUACUUUGUGCCGGCCUUCUCGGGGCUCUAUGCCCCCUACUGGGAGCCCAGUGCAAGAGGCAUCAUCUGUGGGCUCACUCAGUUCACCAACAGGAACCAUUUGGCUUUUGCUGCCCUUGAGGCCGUCUGUUUUCAGACCAGAGAGAUCCUUGAUGCAAUGAACCAGGACAGCGGCGUCCCUCUGACGGAGCUGCAGGUGGAUGGAGGCAUGACGUCUAACAGAUUACUAAUGCAGCUGCAGGCCGACAUCCUCUGCAUUCCCGUAGUGCAACCCACCAUGUCAGAGACCACAGCUCUGGGUGCAGCCAUGGCAGCGGGGGCAGCAGAGGGGGUGGGCGUGUGGAGCCUGAGCCCCAGUCAUCUCCCACACGUCACAUCUGAGAAAUAUGAACCUCAGAUCAACUCUGACGAGAGUGAGUUCCGCUUUUCUCGCUGGAAGAAAGCCGUCCAGAGAUCCAUGAACUGGGAGACCACAGAGCCUUGCUGUAAUUCCAAUGGUGUAGGAAAUAAGAUGAACGCCGCCCCCUGGGGGGUUCCUCCCCCUCCUUCCCCCACCAGAGCAGACCCCUAAGAUCCACAGCUCUAACUGCGCUACAAGACCUUCAGGGGAACACGGGAGCAAGACUGGAAGAGGAAAUGUGCUCAGAAUAAAGGAUUGAUGGCUGCAGUCAUUCAGGGUGAUGCGUAGCUAAUCAAGUUCCAGCUAAGAUUGGGUGACAACCCGCGGAGCUUUUGAAGCCAUUAUCAAACUACUUUUGUAAUUAUUCUGAAAAAAGGGAAAAUGUUUAGACCUUUUUUUUAAAUUAUAAAAAAAACUAAGGAUCUGCAUUCAACUCAGGUGUUCGUAGUAAAUGCACUGCUGUACCUGAUCACUGUAACAAGGGGAUACUGUAUUUUAUCGUUCUGUACAAAGUGUUUGUACUUUUCUUAACUUUGGGGUGUAUGAGAUUAGU